AUGACGUCAAAGGAUUUUUGGCAGGUGCACAUUCUCGCAAUAAUCGACAAGAAAAAUAGCUUUAAAGAAAUGGUUUAUAUGUCGGUUUAUUCGCGAUAUUUCUUUCCUUUCCUUUCCUUUUCCAUAACUUACCAUCUUACCUGUUUGGUAAAUUCGUUCUUUAAUUUCUAUUCCUUUCUUUUUCUUUUACCAUUUCUUCCUUUUCUAUUUUCUGGUGUUUUUUAUUUCUUUUUUAAUUUGCCAUUUCUGCUUUUCUUUCUUAUAUUUUCUUUCUUUCUUUCUUUCUUUCUUUCUUUCUUUCUUUCUUUCUUUCUUUCUUUCUUAUUAUCUUGCGAUUUCUCUCUUAUUAUUUCUUUUCUUUCUUACUUUCAAAUCCUGCUUUCCUUUUAUAUUUUCUUUCUUUCUUUUUCUUUCUUUCUUACAAUCUCAAGAUUUCUCUUUUUCUAUCCCUCGAUUUUUUUCUUUUUUCUUACUUUUGAUUUCUGCCUUUCUUUCUUUCUUUCUUUCUUUCUUUCUUUUUUUUAA